GAAUAGACAAGGAGGGAAGCAUUGAGAGAGAGAGAGAGAGAGGUGCUACGAUGGAGGAGGCAAAGGGAGUUGUGAAGCAUAUAUUGUUGGCCAGGUUCAAGGACGACAUCCCACCUGAAAAGAUAGUCGAACUCAUCAAAGGUUAUGCCAAUCUCGUCAGUCUCAUUGAACCCAUGAAGGCUUUCCAAUGGGGAACAGAUGUAAGCGCAGAGAACCUGCAUCAAGGAUUCACACAUGUGUUUGAGUCUACUUUCGAGAGUGUGGAAGGAGUUGCAGAGUAUGUUGCACACCAAGCCCAUGUUGAAUUCCUAAACUUGUUCUUUCCAGCAUUGGACAAGGCCAUCAUUGUUGACUACAAACCCACCUUUGUCAAACUCUAAAUCAAUCAAAGUUUCUGAUAUUUCAAUAAUUUCUUUCUG